CGCAUUAUCAACCAGUAACCAGCGAUUUGGUCAAUGAAAGACCAAUAAACAAGCGAUCAAACGAUUCGUCUGUGUAUCGCUUGUGUUUUUGUAGUUGUACGAUUAAGUGUGCACGUGUAGAUAUAUUUUCAGUGGUACCAAAAAGCUAGCAACUAAUUCAGAGUACCCAGCGGUUUGAAACAUUGUAUUUAAAAUUUAACGCAUGACAUUUAUUUUAUUUUAUUUUUUUUUUUUUUGGUAUUUUGAUUUUUAAUCAACAUUUCGUGAUGCCUACGAUAGAUAUGCUUAUGUCAGAUUUUUAUAAUGUUUUAUUCAAAUUACGUUAUCCUGAAAUUACAAAAGCAGAACCAGACAAUAUAAGUUCUAUUAUAUUUUCCGGUGAUAAUCGAAUUCAUUUAUUAACAUGGUUACUUGCGGAAAAAGUACCGGACAUUGCGACCGACUUAGGAAAACUUGAAGGUUCUGCUUUGCAAGAUAAACUUGCAAUGUAUUAUUCUCAGCUUGGAAUUUGUAUUAACAAAGAUAUAUUAUUGGGUAAUUGUACAUUAGAAGAGCAACUUUCUACUUUAAAUUUAUUAUUGCAAUUUAUUAAAAAUGUUUAUAUAGAUUCAAUUGAUGUUCCAACCAAUGAGGAAGAAUCAAUUGCAAAUUUAUUGAAAAUACAUUUUAAUGAAGAUACAAAUAAUCCAAGUAAUACAUCUUUAAAACAGAGUUAUGCAGAAGCUGUAAAAUAUUUUGAAGAUAUACAAAAAUUAGAUAAGUCUAAUGAGUCGAAUAAAAUUUCUAUAAUAAAAACCUUAUCUGUAGAUAAUGAAAAUAAUGCAGAACGGAAAAAUAUUGAACAACAAAAGAAUUUUAUUGCACAAAUGGAAAAAUUCAUGGAUACCUAUGAUAUAAUUUCUUCUUGGCCUAUAUCGCAUACAAACAAUGAAAAUACUGCAGAAAACAAUAUGGAUUCAAAUAUCAAAAGUAUACACUCUAAUUUUAUGAUUUUCAAACAGAUGCUACAUAUGAAAGAUGAGAUACCCAAAUUUAAAUUACCAAGUGCAUCACAAAAAGUUAAUUAUGAUAACAAAUCAUUGAAUUCACUUGUAGAAAAUAUUAUGAUUUCUACAGAUGAAACUAUUGAUACAUUAUGAUGUUUGCAAGCAAUGUAAUUAUUAUUAAUCUUUUGUAUAAACAUCGAAUAUUAGUUAUCAACUUAUUUAUAAUUCGCUCACAAAGAGUAAAUCAUAAUAUGUAAUGUUACUGUUUGUUUUCAUAUACCAAAUAAA